AUCAGUUUAUCCUUCCGAGUUCCGAGUUGCGAAACCGAGGUGUGACCCCGUUCUGAUUCAAAAUUAUUUGAAACCUCUUAUGUAUUAACACAGUGGUAUUAAAAUAAUGAUAAUCAUUUAAAUUAUAAAAUUAAUUUGAAUUUAACGGAUAAUUAUUAAGCUUUCUGUGGCCGCGAACUGUGAGCUGAUAAAAGCUCCGCUUUUGUGGUUUGCGGUGCGAUCACUGGAUUUCCCGUAUAAUAACAACUGAUCUGACGAGAUUUGUCAGAGUGGGGACCUCAACGUUUUUUGUGCCCGAAGAUAUCCAGCAUGUCAUCCGCGGGCCUGUGCAAACCGGACUUUCAGUUCUCCAACAAUACCUGCCAUUAUUCAAUCCCUCCUGAAUCCCAGCACACAUGCAAUAUCACACAUCUAAUCAGUUGCAGUCUGAUCGCGGCCCCCUCCGAGAAAGACGAACGUCCGACGCAAUGGCAAGUAUGGGGCUACGGAUUGCUCUUCGUUCUCCUCGUCUCCCUCUCAUCGGCGGUCGGAGUGUUCUUCCUGCCGCUGAUGAAACGUGACUACUACAAGAAGGUCCUCAUGGGCAUGGUGGGGCUGGCGGUGGGAUGUCUGUGCGGGAGCGCGGUCCUCCACUUGAUUCCGCAGGCCUACGGACUGGAUCCGAAGACGGAGCACGCAUUUCUCUAUCCGGCGCUGGUGGUGAUCGGGGCCAUCUAUGCCUUCUUCUUGACGGAGAGAUUGUUGAAAUUAUCGGUUGAUCAUCGUAAGCGGAUGAAAAAGCGCAAUAAACGCCAGCUAAUGGCCAUCAACGGGGCCAAUGAGCAAAGUUCGCCGGGCAAUGUCGAAGGCGAGACACGGGAGUUUGUAGUGAACAGCGGGAAUUCCUGCGGUCAUCAUCAUCACGGCCAUCAUCAGGGACAUCCGCAGAAGAAGCCCCAACCGGCUUCACCGCAGCACACGGACAAUCAGUUGUCGGAUGAUUCGUUCGAUGAGAGCCAUAGUGCGCAUUGUGGCGGGCAUUUGCAUGUGAAAGCCCCGCCACCGGAAGUGCGCACCCAUCAGCACGACCACGAUGUCGAUGCGCGGGAUGUUAAAGAACAUCCUAUCAAGACCGUGGCGUGGAUGGUCAUCACCGGUGAUGGAAUACACAAUUUUGUUGAUGGUUUGAGCAUGGGUGCGGCCUUUUCAAAGAGUGUUUUAGAAGGAAUUGCUGUCUCUGUGGCCGUCUUAUGCGAAGAACUACCUCAUGAACUGGGUGAUUUGGCAAUACUCCUCAAUUCGGGGAUGAGUCUGAAGAAGGCCUUGCUAUACAAUUUCAUAUCGGCGUGCACGUGCUUCGCAGGCCUUUUUGUGGGUAUCCAGCUGGGUAAUUUGGAUCAGGCCACCACCUGGAUAUUCGCCAUUGCCGGCGGAAUGUUCUUGUACAUUUCAUUAGUCGACAUGUUACCGGAAAUGACGCAUACAGCAGAGGAAGCUAGUUCUGUGAGUAUCCGUGAGGGAUUGAUCAUGUUGUUAAUACAGAACAUCGGCAUGAUCUGUGGAUUCGGCAUAAUGUUCCUAAUGGCGCGGUAUGGCGGGGAACUGGAGCAACGCGUCAAUACUCAAGUCAGUUAGGAGCCCUGGUUCUGUAUUUGGUACAGUUGCGGGUGGGGAGUGAGUUUGUUGUGGAGUAGGUCUUGGAAUCUAGGUGAAAAUACCCCGGAAGUGCAUUUUUUAAUUGUUUUAAUUUAUGCUGGGUGUUGAAUGUACUUUUUGUGGCUGCCUGGGUGUUAUGUUUGUUUUAACGAAUCGAAUGCAGACUCGCAACAGAGUCUUGGAGGGCUUUACCCAUUGUCCCUCUCAACUGUUUUGUAAUAGAUUUAACAAUCAAAAUGUUACACCAAGA